AUGAACCGGUUUUGGAAGACUCCUGAGAUCCAUGACAAGACUGCUACUGCUUCACAGUGCCGCAACUCAGAUCGUGGAGGGCUAGGCAUCGCGAAGCACGUAUCUGGUCAAAAAUCGUACUUGAGAGUGCAACAAGAAAUGGAGGAGUUUGGUCGUCCUGUAUCGUGGGGAGAAGUGUUUCAAAGGACUCACACAAAGCCAGAUGGAACAUUUGUUGAAUUCAAAGCUCAACAAGUUCAUGAGGCUUAUGAGAAGCAACUGAAUGAAGCUAUGUCGGAGGAAGAUCUUCAAGGGCUUGGGAUUUUAGGAAAUUCUUCUCAACGCUCUACUCAGCGGACACUAACCACCGAGGAAAAGAAUGAGAUAUUCUGCAAGAUCCAAGACCAACUACUUGAAGCUCAGCGUAAGACUGAUGCUCAAGAGGAGGAAAAUGCUCGACAUGAUGAGGAACACCGCAAAGCUCAGGAAAAGAUCUCUGAAAUGUCAAAACUUCUAAGGUACUUAAAGAACUCCAAUCCCCUCAUCGCAAAAUACAUGGAUAAACAAGAUGAGCAGGAGAACAGUCCCACCGACGCACCAGCCUCCGCACAAGACAAGGACGAAUUUGCAACUUUAAUCCGAUUAUAUUUUGAUAUCGUUGAGUAA